AUGGUCCAUUCUUCCCGUCCAAGGCGCCAUUUUAUCAAGCGCAAGCGCGGCGAUGCGCACCUCGAGGAGCGUGACCCUUCGCUCAUAAACCUGCCUUUCCCGGUCCCCUCCAUCCCGAUCAUCAGCAACCUCCUCGACCCGCUCAUCAGCGGCGAGAAACCCCAAUCUUCGUCCUCGGCCCAGGCUCCUGCCCCGACAGCUACCUCUGUCCCGUCGUCGCCCGACAACUCUGGCUCUGGCGACAAUAGCGCGUCAUCCUCGGACAGCGGCGAUAAUGGCAGCAGCGCGUCCGAUAAUGACACGGGCAGUGAGAGCGGAAGCUCUUCUAGCUCUGGGACCGGCAGCGGCUCUAACGGCUCCAGCCCGACCGUGUCUACACCCGCUAGCAAUCCCACCGUGGCCACGGGCAAGGGCAGCGCAUCCGUCGACACCUCGGACGCCAAGCCUACUUCUUCCCAAGGCGCCGUUGCUAGCCCCUCGGUCGCGUCAACGUCGGUUGCCGCUGCUGCUACUACUUCCGCGACGUCGGAGGCAACUGAUGUCAACGUCGAGUCUGCCGGAUCAGCGACUAGCACCGCGACCAACGCUCCCUCGAGCCCUAUUGCCAAUGUCGCUGUUGCCGUCAACGAUAACGCGUCUUUGUCUGCCGCGCAGGCGGUUGGAGCCUCAUCCAGCCACUCUGCGCAGCCGACCGCUAUCGGAAGCCUCGGUGCGGGCGUCGGCUCAAGCUCAAGUUCGAGCUCGGAUACGAACUCUGGCACCAGCUCUGCCACGGACAACAACAACAACUCAUCAUCUGUUAUCGCCGCAAACCAUUCCUCGCUGUCAGGCGGUGCCAUCGCGGGUAUUAUCAUUGCCGCACUCAUCGCGGGCGGCCUGCUUAUCAUUUUCGUCAUGCGCCGCCGUUCCAUGAACAAGCGCAAGGCUCGCCAGACCGCUUGGUUCUUCGGCCGCAACGCUAGCAGCACGAACGUCGACCCUGCAGCGCGUAUCAGCACACGCAGCAGCUGGGGGACACCUUUCGAUGGCCGUGCGCUCUACACCGACGCAAUGUCUCCUACGCCUGACUCCGCGCCGAACACGAUGGCUCAACUGAACUCUGCGCCACUCACGGCGCCUCCGGUUGUCGUGACGCAGAAGGAGAACACCCGGGCGUCUAUGUACAGCAUUGGUAGCGCAAGCUCGGAAGGUUCGGGCGAGGGACUUCCCCUUCCCGCACCUGUUUACGGCGAGGAGAUGCCGAGCACGCCUAUGUCGGCCCGUGCGUUCUCACCCAUGGAUGGUCACUCGUUCCCCAAGCCGCCCUCCACGACCUCGAGCCACGGCAAGGAGGAGAAGCGCAAGUCUGUCGACGAGCUCAUCGACCUCAACAACCCCUUCGCGGACCGCCUUCCACCUGGUGCAAGCCCCUUCGCGGACCCCGUCGUACCCGUCACACCCGGCGCGCGCGCUAGCGUGGGCUCGAGCGUGGGCAGCGCAGGCAGCGUCAUCGGCAUUGGCACACGCGUGACUAUUGCACGUCCGUUCACUCCCAGCCUCCACGACGAGAUCGGUGUUAGCCCCGGUGACGAAGUGAUCGUACUCCAGGCCUUCGACGACGGCUGGGUGCAGGUCCGCAACGCCGACAAGAACGUCGGGCUCGUCCCGCUCGACUGUUUCCGCCCUGAAGGCCAGGACACUGCCGCGUUCCUUGCAAGCAAGCGCCCACCAUCAAACGUCUCUGAAACCGAAUACACAACAUCGCGCGAGCCGCUGUACCCGCGCCGGCCGCUUCUCUCGAGUCUCGACCUAACGUUUCUGUCCCCUCAACGUUCAAUGUUCGCACAACCUAUACCCCCUUCUUCUGCCUUCUCGUCGCUCACUGCCUACGCCACCCCAUUUGUUGAUGUCCAAACACUAUCUACCCCUUCUCUCGACCCCUUACGUUUAUGA